CCCGCACUCCCUUCGCAAUCCCAGUAGCUUCCUUCGUUUUCAUCGCGCAUCGGAUCCAUUCUCGUUCGACGCCCUAAAUGGCCACAGAAAUGGCUUCCAUCUCCGACGAACCAGCGGAGAACGGCGAAAAGAAAGAGUCGCUGCGAGCAGCAGGAGGAUCUGGUGGGUGGGCGAAUGUGGUCUGGCAACUGGCUAAGAAGGCCGCGGUCGCAGGAGCCGCUAUGGCCUCCGCUCCCAUCGUGAUUCCUCCCUACUGCGUCGCCUCCACCCUAGGCCUGGCCCUCUCCUUACCCUUUUGCGUCUACCUGGCUACCAUCGCCGCCACCGAGAAGGCCAUGGCCUCCCUCCUCUCGCCAGCUCCUGAAAACCAAACUGACGAAGCAGAAUUAGGGUACUGGAACAGCAUCGUCGAGAUCAUCCCAUCGUCAGAAGGUGAAUUCACAGCAUCCCUGAGCGAGCAAGUAUCUGCAAUCGAUGCUUCUUCAGAAACCGAGACGGUAGUGGAGCCUCCCAUAGCGGUGAGCACGGAGCCAGCCUCCGCCAUGACCGAGACGCGUACGUAUGAGAAGGUGGAGGAGAAAAGGAAGGACGCAAUAUGGAAAGAGAUCUCAGCGCUGCGAACCAUAAUGGGCUACAGAGCUGCACUGCAGCCUUCCACACUAGAGGAACUCCGAGCUCUCUAUGUCUUCAUCGGCAUUGAACCUCCUUUCUCCUUGAAGGACUCUAGCGCGAUGGAGAUCAUGGAUAAGCUUCAGUUCCUCAAAUUUCUUCUUGGAGUAAACUGAUCGAUCAGGAACAAAUUUAAGGAGGUCCUCAAAAUUUAUGUCGAAACUCAAUAGACAUUGUCAGCUAAGAGAUAACUUGUACCGUCUCCUAUGUCUUUUUUUUCUUUUUCCUAAAAGAAAUGUAGUGGCAUGUUUGGAGAGGGAAGACGAACUGUAGUGGAAAUAAUCUUGAUGUAUGACGAGUGUUACUUUAUCCAGACAAUCGCGAAGCACCUUGUUCAUCGCUACUUAAAGUAGAGCAAAAAACACUUUAAGUUUUAUGUCAACUUUUUUCUCUUUAUCUGUCCAUCUCUGAAUGAAUUAAAGAAAAUGAAGGAUCAAUCUUUUCUUA